GGAUAGCUACAACAAAGCAUUUGCUGAUUUGUGCAAUCGAGUUGGUUUUACUCAGGAUGAAGUGAGGUGGGCUUUGGCUGAGGUUGGACUACCGUACUGUUUAAAUGCUUCUGUAGAACGUAUUAUGGAAAGAAAGGAUUCUACUGCGAUGGAAAGAUUCAAGAAUUCCCAAAGAAGGGAGCUCCGGAUGCUGGAAUUUUUUGCUGGAAAAGCUGUAGUGUCCGAAGCUUUGCAUAACUAUGGCUCCUAUUGGAGGACCCGUUCCAUCGACAAGGAUCCCAAUUCUCGUGCGACCGACAAGAUUGAUUUUAUGAAAGUCAGAUGGAAAAAUAUCGGGAAACUUCCCGAUUUCAUUUGGAUUACUCUGCCGUGUUUUACCCACUCAUUUCUGGCGAGAGGGGAUAAUCGUUCUACGAAAGAAAAUUGGUUUGCCAAGGCCCCCGAGGCACUCUGGCAGGAUCGGUUCUUGGCACGAAUGUCGUGGUUUCUWGAGUGGGUCAAAAAGAAGAACGACCACGUGAUUUUUGUCAUAGAAAAUCCUACGGGGUGGAUGGGCGAGAUGGCAAUGAUCAAAACGAUUGUUGGAAAAAUGGAGAUGCGCCGGACAACGGUCGAUUAUUGUGUGUCCGGUGGAUCCGAUAAGGUAUCAACGAAUCUGUGGACAAACGUAAGUUCCUGUGGUUACGCAACAUCUUAUGUUUUAAAUGUAGAACGUGAGCCAGUUUUACAGUGGGGCCACGAUGCGAUGGACUUUAUUGCACAGAGCUCUUCGCCUAGCUUUCUGACCACUCGUCUUGUUUCUGGCGGUGCCAUGCCGUAAUGCUCUGCAAUGUAACGCACAGGACUCGAAACUGCACGCGGCGCUCAGCAUGUUCUCCAAGAGCUCCCCUGAAUCAUGUUCGCACCAUGGGAGACCCUACCCCCAUCAUCCUAGGUACAAACCGGCCGAGAUCUCGAGGGAUCUGGCCGAAACCGUUGCUGAGAGCGUCAGCGCAAGGUUCGGCGUCAACGACCUGAAAGUCUGCUACAAGGCCGAACCGGAGGUGUCGACGGAGGAGAUAACCUUCUUCAACAAAAUGAUGGGAGGUGCCGACUAGAUGGUUGGUUAUUGUUGCAUUGAUUUUGCCUUUUAGUAUUGCUUUCACGCGAACCCUGCCGGUAUAUGCCUCUGGGAGCAAAUGAAACGCACAUUUCAGG